CACCAGGACGGGAUGUGUACAUACUCAGAAGAACCACAGAAAAUCGACAGCAGGAACACUCCUUUCACAGAUUCAGUAUUGAGAAUGAUAGUUUCUUUGAAACACCAACUAUAGCUUCAUCGGACAUAUUCACCAUGAUAUCUAGAAAACAGAGCUGUCAGCACUGAGGUCUCUGCAGUCGGGAGAAGAUGAUCUUCCUCAUCCUGCUGCUCCUCUUCCUCACCCCCUGUGUCUCUGGAACAUUUGUAGUGAAUGUGACUCAGGCUUCCUAUCAGGCAGAGGAGAACCAGAACAUCACCCUGGAGUGGACCUUCAGCACCAGAAGAGACACUUCCCUCAGAUCCAUUUCUACCUACUGUUUCCUUUAUACUAAUGACCGAACCUCAGUUCUGUUUGAACUACGUGAAGGUGUUGAAUCCCCAGAGUCUCAGGAUCCAGAGUUUUCAGGACGAGUCCAGUGGGACAAAGACGUCCUCACAGAAGGACGCCUCACACUUCAUGUCUCCAGACUCAGGACCAGUGACUCUGGGUUUUAUCGGUGUGACAUACUCGUCACACCUGAUGGGACUAACUCUAGGAGAUGCUGGCUCAACGUCACUGCAGCGACACAUUGGAACAAACCUGAGACUCCCAACACAGGAAGAAACAAACCUGAGACUCCCAACAGAGGGAGACGGAGAAGGAUUGGCCUCUACUCAGCGUUAGCACUGGUUUCUGUUCUACUUGCUCUAUGUGUCUGUGUGCUUCUUAACUUCAGACGACAAGCAGCCAGUGAACAGGGUUCAGACUCAGCGAGUGGACCAACUGAAGCUCUUUGACACUAUGUGUUACAUUAAU